AUGAUCCGGAGAACUGGACGGACCACCUCCCUCUUGGUCCUGUUGGACAUUCGCUCCUCCCUCCUGUCGGACCUUGACUGUUCCACUGCAGAACUCGUGUUCUUUGCCACUGUUCGACCUCCCAGUAAGAUGAUCUCGUCAACCCCGCGAGUUGCAAUUGAGGAUCCUACCAACUUCCUGCACCGUCUCCGACAAUUCAUGUGGACACUUUCCCCGGUUCCGCCCAGUCCAUCUGUCUCCGAGUCUUACCUCGAGAAAGACUUGGCGACAUGCUCUCACGUCUAG